UUAAAAUUGUAGAUUGUAACAAUACAUUUAAAUCUGAAAUUUUUUAAAUUUAUAAUAAAUUUGUAGUUUAAAACUUACAAACCUUUAUACGCAUUAAAAUCUUAAGGAAUAAAUUGAAUUAAUUUAAUUUUUCAUUAUGCUCGUUACGAUGUGUUCAUGUGCGGCGUCAUAAGAAUGGCGACCAUUUCAAAACAGUAGAUGAAUUCGAUAACCUUGAAAAUCUAUUACCUUCUUUGAGCCAUUUUAUAGUAAAUUUAUUACAUUAAGUUAGCUUUUGUGUAGUACUUAAAGUGCAAAAGGAAGUUUAAUCAAUUGUUCUCCAUCCCUCUUUAAUAAAUUAUUUCUUAUGUUAUUGAUCAAUGAUGCUGAACAUCAUGCUUUUCCUGAAUAGAGAAUCAGCUUCUGAACUCUGAGGAAAUUAUAAAAUAUAUUUUAAAAUCUUUUAUAAUAAUAGAAGGGCGAUGACCAUUUCGGUCCUUUCAUAUUUGUUUUGUUUCCAUAAAGUUACCUGCUUGUCAACUUCAAAAUCAAGUUUACUAUACAUCACCUGAAGAACGUAAUUUUAAUCUGUUCUGAUGGACGGUACCUUUCGAAUGAAAUCAUAUACAGCAGAUAUUCAUGAUAAAAUAGCAAGAGCAUAUUAUAGUCAUGGACUCUUCUGUUCUAGUCACCCAUACCUUGUUAUUUUUGUUACCUUGAUUAUCUUUCUUAUUUGCUGCUAUCCCCUGAUAUACUUGCCACUUUUGGGAAGUUCAUCUCAACAUUUUUUUACUCCCAUUCAAGGUUUUGUUCCACCUGAUAUUAAUUUGGGAAAUUCUGAGAAUUACAAAUUUAAUGGACCUCGUUGGUUUCAAGGACCACCCGUUAGUUACAUUCAGCAGAUUGUUGUAAAGAGUGCUUUAUCUCCAUGGAAAACAGAUUUAAUCUUAACGGAUGCAUUUCGAGCUCCACUGUCUACGGCUUUUCAAAUUAUCCAAUUGCUACAAAAUCAUCAACUGAAUCCUAGCACUGUUAAUCAAACAAGCCUUGGUGACUUAUGUUUACAAGUGUCAGAGCCCAUUGAUCAUCCAACUUCAGAUUUUUUACCUCAUUAUGGAUGCCUAAUUGUUUCUCCAAGCAGUAUAUGGCAGAAUAACAUUGAUAAAUUUAAAGAAGACCCUGAUAUUGUCAAAACAAUUUUUGGUGUCAAGGAUUCUUCCGUAGACUCAUCCAGUUUAAGAGAAGUACUUUUUGGAGUUCCAGUUAGAGAAACCGGAAUAAAGAAAUUAUUUGUUCGCAAUCGUCCUAGAAUUAUUACUUAUGCUGUAACAAUAGCCUUUCAAACUUAUAAUUCUAAAUAUCUUACUAGUCUUCAUGAUCAUAUAAAACUGAAAUUUCCUAAGCAUCCAUAUCCAGAAAAUGUUACAUAUGCUUCUGAGGACAAGGCUAUAAUCCAUAUACAUUUUCAAAGCUUGCAUACUUUGAUGGAAUUUGUGCCAUUGGCUUUCGCUUACAUUAUAAUGUUCUUUUACAUUUAUUUUUCUGCUUGUAAAAUAGAAUUAGUAAAAUCCAAAUGGAUCUUGGCUAUUUGUGCAGUAAUGACUGUUUUUAUGUCACUAUUGAUGUCGGUUGGUAUUUGUUUAUGGUUUGGACUUAAUCCAGCUCUUAGUGGCAGUGAAAUUUUACCAUAUCUCAUUGUUGUGAUUGGUUUGGAAAACAUCUUAGUGCUAACAAAGUCUGUUGAUUCAACGCCAAUGCAUUUAGAUGUCAAGCUUCGAGUCGCUCAAGGUCUUAGUAAAGAAGGUUGGUCUAUCACAAAAAAUCUUCUUACUGAACUCGCCCUUCUCACUGUUGCCUUUCUUACAUUUGUUCCAAAAAUCCAAGAGUUCUGCUUGCUUGCAGUGGUUGGUCUUCUAACAGAUUUUUUCCUUCAACUCAUGUUUUUUGCUACAGUUUUAUCUGUAGAUUUAAGAAGAUUAGAAGUUUGUUCAAGUGAAUAAUGAUGUAAAUAUUUCAUUGAAACCUCCAAACACUUCAGCUAAAAUCUUUGCACCUCCUGCAGUUCCAACGCUGGGAAAAUUGUCCAAAAGAAUGAAAUUCAUUUAUUUUUGGGCAAGAACUAGAAUGGUACAAAGAGGAUUAAUGAUCUGUCUUGUGCUUUGGAUAUUUUUGUUGGUUUAUAGUUCAGGAAUAGUUGAACGGUAUACUGGAAAUUCAACUUUAGUUUCCAAACAAGUGUUAAAUCCAUUGCUGUCUAAGAUUUCACCCAGAUUCAAUAGCACACUUUUAAAUUCAAACGAAACAAAUGAAAAUAAAGCCUGGAACUGCAGCGAUCAAACAGUGAAAGAAUUUGCAAGAAACAUAGAUAUACGUCUAAAGCACCAUAAUUUAAACUCUUGGCAGUCACUCUAUCCCCAACAUUGGACUACUUUAUUUGGAUACUAUAACAUAUCUCUUUCUGGAAGAUUCAUCAGUAUUUUACCUCCUAUCCACGUUUCUGUUGCCGUAGAACCUGAAGUAGCUAUUGAAUUGAGGAAUCCUAAGGAUUUUGAAAUUUCAAAGAAAUCAUAUUGGCAGUUUUUAUCAUCUGGAGAAAUAAAAGAUGGAGACAUUGAUGAUCUGCUGUCUAGAGAUCUCCCUUACCACCCAUCUUCACCUGGAGAAGUAGCAAUUGCUAUAACCUUAGCAAUUCCCAGCUUGCUGUUUUUCAUAUACCUCAUGGUUGUACUUUAUCGCUGUAUGUGUUCCAAGCAUUAUGCAGAGUGGCGCUCAUCUUGGAAGAAUGCAACAGGAUCAGAGGGCAAUAGAUUAGGAUAUUCGGAUGGAGCUGCUGAUGCCAAUCUUGUGAUGGAAACAUUUCCUUUAAAAUUAUGUGGUCAUUCUCAGGAUUUGGAAUACCUUUGCACAGAUGAAUACACUGUAGUUAGCACAUGCCUUGAUGGAAACAUUAAUGUAUGGGAUUCAUUAUCUGGUGAAUGUCUUACUGCUAUUAAAAGAUCUGGUGUUUCCGAGAAAGCAAAUAGAAGUUCUCGAAAGCACGGCAGUUUUUCAUCAGACUCAACAUACAGUUCAUCACCUCAGUCAGAUAAUGGAGAUCAUCUAAACUCUUACAAGUCAUUCAACACCGAUUCCAGAACUUCUUUUCCCGAUUCUAGUAACUGCAAUUUUCCGAAGCACUUCAGUUUUGACAAAAAUACUGCGUACUGUGAUAAAAUAGGUUCCUCUAGCCAAAGAUACGAUUUCAGUAGGUUUGUUUUAAAAGAAGACUGCAUUUCUAAUGAUGCAGUGUUUGACAGUAAUGACUGUAACAAAGCUCAUGAAUAUCAAAAUGCCAAAGAUUCGCAUCUAGAGUAUAUCAACAAAGGAACCAAUAUUGUACAUUCCACUUUAUCUCAUCAAGCCAUAUGGUGCAUGGACUAUUAUGUGCCUUGUAUAGCAGUAGGAUGCAAAAAUGGCCGUAUCGAAGUCUGGAAUGCAUUCACUGGAAAAUUAGAAUAUAUUUACGAGGAGAACAAGUCUGGCAUCACUGCAUUAUGUCUCACUAGAGAGAGGUUAAUUGCUGCCCGAGAAAAUGGGAUUUUAGAGUUUUUUGCCAUAGAUACUUUAUAUGAAAAUUAUUCAAAUCUUCAAAUGCAUGCAGGUCAUGCUAUUAGUUUAGAUCAGAUGGAAGCUGCUGAAGUUAUCCGUUGCUCUUGGCUUCAAAACGUAAAAGCACAUUCCUUAUCAAUAUCUGCUUUAGAAGUAGAUGGGAUGUUAGCCAUAUCUGGAAGCUAUGAUCGCUUAAUUAAAAUUUUUAGGACUGAUUCUACUGUUUGUAUUUAUACUCUUCAUGGUCAUACUGGUCCAAUAUCUAUAUUAAAUAUUGAUCAAUUUUCACCAUCAUCUGCGGCCAGCGGUUGUCAAGAUGGCCUCAUAUGUCUUUGGGAUCUCAUGACAGGCACUUGUAUGUACAGUUUAAAAGGUCAUCAUGGCUCUGUUACGACACUCCUUACCACUGAUAUCUAUGUCAUAAGCCAAGGCACUGACAAUCAGAUAUGUAUUUGGGAAAAGAGUCAAGGUCACUUAAUUCAUAGCAUUGUACAGGAUUACAGUCUUCACAGUAAUUUGAUGCUCCUUACAAACAAUAUCAUGGUCACAACAAAAGAGGAUAAUUUAGUCAUAUGGGAUGUUAACCAUGGUGAGGCCCUUCGCAUGAUAAUGGUGGGCAGUGGUGACCAUUCUGUUCACAUUCGUCUUCUUAGACUUUCCGGACAAUCUGUAAUUUGCGAUUAUGGACCUCAGAUUUUUAUCAUAAAUUUUCCUGCCAUAUCUGAUAAAUCUGAAUGAGUUUUACAGAUCAAUAGUGAGAAAUGAAAUAAAAAACAAUGUGUUUAAUUAUUGCAUUUUGACAUUUUAUUGUUGAGCCAUAGACAAUUUUUCUAUUUUCAUUUUUCUAAAUACCAAAAAUGUGUAAGUAAUUAAAAACUUGAUUUUCUUCUUGAUCUUUAGAGAGGCAAAAUGUUUGUAUUUAUAUUUAAUUGUUUUUAAUAUCCAUUUUUUUAUACAUGUGUUAGUUAUAAUUGAAUUGCUUGAAUGCAUUUUGUUUUUAUUUAAUAGACAAAUUAAAAAUUUUAAAAGAAAGUUUUAAAAAAUGAUGGAAUACUUUGCAAAGUAAAGAAUGUGAAUCACUAAGUUGAUGAUAAAUAUUAAAAUAGCUUAAAACUAAUCAAAGUUUGGAUUAAAAUCUUUAUUGUGGUUAAAAAAAAUUUUUUGUUUUGCUAAAUAAGGUAAAUUUAAUUAUUUUUAUUAAUUUAACUACAAACAACUUUAUUAUUUAAGUUUAUAAUUUAACUGUAUAAUUAGAUGAUGAAUUUAAUUUUAUUAUUAGAUUUUAGAAUUAAUAAAAGUUUUAAAAAAAUUAUAAAUUUUGACAAUAUGAAUUGUUUUUUCUGUCGGAAAAGUGCUGUAAUGGCCCCUACAGGUGCAGCUACUAGUUCAUCAUAAUUUAUAUCUAUUUAAACCAUUGAACUUUUGCAGUAGUAUUUAUAAAAUUAAUUUGAAUGUCAAGUAUCAAUAUAUGUUUGUUGAGGGAGUGGCCAUUUUGAUUUCAGUGCAAAUUGGAUUAAAUUUGCAUAUUUUUUUACCAAUUUAUUAAAAAAUUAAAAGAAAUACUUAGCAUGUUUUAAUUGUUACAAUGUUUUCCCCCCCGCAUUUCUUAAACAUGCUAAAUUGAUUCGACGUGUCUUUUCUUAGAAACAAUUAUUUAAAUUUGAUUUAGCACAAAUUGCUUUGCUUAAAACUAAAUUUGGAUGUUUCCGAAAAUAAGUAAAAUUUUAAAUUAUUUAGUUGUUUGAAAAAUAUAUGUCAGUGAUCUAACGACUCUGGAAAGAAAAAAAAAGAUGUUGAUCUCUUUAAAUUACGUAUUUUAUUUUUUCUAACCUAUGUAUUGAUAGAUCAUUAUUUCCCCCGAAGGAGAAUCAUAUCUAUUUUUUUGCAACAAGACUUUUAGAAGCGUUCCAGAAAAAUAAACAACUCUUACUAGGUAAAUUGUUACUUUUUUUUUCAAACAACACAUCUUUUUAUUUUGCUAACUAAAUUCUAAAAUUGAAAAAAAAAGUAAUUAAUUAAAUAUCAAAUGUCUACAUAAAUAACUAUAUAAUGAAAUAAUGUUAAUUUAUGUUAUUUAUGGCAAGUAAAAUUUCCAUGACAAUAUGCUGGGAUGUGGACACUUUCUGCUUUGGUCAUUUUUAUGAAUUUGUUAAAUUUCAGCUGGCAUUUGUUAUUACAGUUUAAUUGAAUAAGACUUCUCUUAGAUAAGACUUCUAACUGACUUCUGAUAAGACUUCUAUUUAUAAGACUUCUUAACUAACUAUUAGAUAGUAAAAAAUUUGUAAAGUGGGUCGGCCAUAGUAAUUAGCAUAUCCUAAUAGCAUAUCCUUGGUUUAGAUUUAUAAAUCUGGACAUAGCUUGAAAUUCAUGUUUUUAAAAAUGUACGCAAGUGGACAGAGCUCUAACUGUGUGUUGAAAAAAAUGGUCAAAGCUCAAACAUGUUAAUGAAAAUGGACACAGUUUGAAAUGCAUGUUGAAGAAAAUGGACUUAGAAAUGGAAUGGAAAAUUACUUUUCUAACAAAACAAAUAUGCUUUGUUUUCAAAAAAUUGUCUUUCAUGUUGUCCUAAUUUUUUAACUAAAUGAAUAGACAGCACAUUUCACCAUUGUUGCAUUUAAUAUAUAUUUUUAAAUCCUUUUAAAAAAUGACAUUUAAAACUACAAAUUAUAAUUGAGGAGAAAAAGUAAACCCUAUCAAAACCUAAAUUUUUUAAGAAAAGUGAGAAUAGAACUUGUUUGAUUGGUACAAGAGGCAAAGUAGACUACAAAUUUCAUCAAGCUAACCAACUGGUUUGCUUUUUAUGCAACCUUCAUCACUAGUAUUUCUGUGGAUUCUGAUGGUGUUUUUAUUUUUCUGUCUUUUAAAGAUUUAUUUAUGACUUCAGUAUGUAAUUUUUUCCCUUCCAUUUUUUUAGCAAGGAUUCUAAAAAUAUAUAUUAGAUUCCAUGUAUAGAUUUAUAAAAUAGAUUAGUUUUUUCAAAUAAAUAAAAGAUUUUAACAGUGUGUGAUUUCUAUUGCUGUUAUUAUAAUGAAUCAAAUUAUCAAAAACUAUGCACACUACAAGUUUCUCUAAUGUAAAUUAGUUUAUUGCCUCUUAUUAAACAAGGUGCAUAGCACUUUUAAAAAGCACUUAAAGGUGCUUAUUUUUGAUUUACAUAUUUUAAGAGCCCUUAAAGGGUUUUUUUAUUUUUAUUCGAGAUUUGUAAACAGUGUUUAAUUUUUUAUCUUUAAAAAUGAGAUUUUUUCCUUGGUGUGUCGAUUGUCAUCAUAAAUUACAAAAACAGCAUGAUUUCCACGAUUCUCUCUGCAAUAUUUAUCCAAAACUAGUUAUUUUAUCAUGAUUAUGUAAAGUUUUUUAAAAAUGUUUUGUUGAUUUUAUGUUAAUACAUUAAGAACUUUAAACGAUUUAAACAAAUUUUUAUUACUGCACAUAUCUUAAUUAAGAAUUUUUUUUUGGAAAGUAAUUAAAAAUAUUUUUUGAGUGCUUAUUUUUUGUUAACAAAUCUGGCAACGCACCCUGUUAAAACAAAAAUAAAUAUAUAAGUUUAAUUCUUUUUAAUUAGAAUCAGGUUUAAUGGUAAAAAAAGAUGUAUAUUUAACAAUAAAUACUAUUCUUUUUAUCCCAUCAUAUUCAUUCAUUUUUGUUAUCUUUCAUAUCAUAUGAAUUAAGUAAAUCUCUCCUUGCCUUAUGUAGUUGGAAACUAUAAUUAGAACUAUUCUAUGUUAUUCUACUUUAUUUAAAUACUACUGUGUAAGUAACUAGUGAAAAUGGUAUUGCUUAAUCAAUCUCUUUUUAUGCCUAUUGCACAAAUAAUAGCAUAGAAUCAAUUUUCCAUUAAAUCAUUUGGUGCAUGUAGGACCAUUAAUUCCUUGUCCUUUUUGUGUCAAGUGUUUUAAUUAAAAUCGGAAUAAGCCUUCAAUGUAAUUUCCAAAGCACUAAACUUUAUUGUAAUUUCUAAAAUGUGUUAUUUAUAUAUUAUCUUAAUUCACUGUACAUUUUGUGACUAAAUGUUUUGUUAUACUUAUUGAAAAUUAAAGAAAUAUUUUUGUGA